GAUGGGAUCCAAUCUAGAUACUAAUCAAGCCAUGGAUUUGAUCAACCAGUUGAUGAACAUUGUGUUUACCCCUCUCGCUACAGCAGCACUCUUCUUCUUCCUGCCACCUUAUCUCUUUUUCAAGUGUCUUCUCCAUACAUGGAGAACUAUAUUCAGUGAAGAUGUAGCAGGAAAAGUAGUCCUCAUUACCGGAGCAUCCUCCGGCAUUGGAGAGCAUUUGGCUUAUGAGUAUGCCAAGAGAGGGGCUCGUUUAGCACUUGUGGCGCGAAGAGAGAACCGUCUCCUGCAAGUUGCUUCCAUUGCUGAGGAGAUUGGAUCUCCUGAUGCUAUUAUUAUCCCUGGAGAUGUUAGUAAAGUUGAAGAUUGUGAGGAUUUCGUUAAUGCAACGGUGAAGCACUUUGGUCAACUGGAUCAUCUGGUGACCAACGCUGGGGUUUUUCCGGUGAGCAUGUUUGAAGAUAUUCCUGAUAUCACCGAAAUAGCUCCAGCUAUGAAUAUAAACUUCUGGGGUUCUGUAUAUAGCUCGUAUUUCGCAAUUCCUUAUUUAAGGAGGAGCAAGGGGAAGAUCAUAGUAAUCGCAUCGGUUUCCUCAUGGCUGCCUGUCCCAAGAAUGAGCUUUUAUUCUGCAAGUAAGGCAGCAAUGGUUAGCAUGUUCGAGUCACUGAGAAUAGAAUUGGGGUCAGAAAUUGGAAUAACUAUUGUUAAUCCUGGACUAAUUGAAUCGGAAAUGACGGAAGGAAAAUGCCUGAACCAGCACGGCCGAUUGAAAGUGGAUAAGGAAAUGAGAGAUGUUGAAAUAAGUGUGGUGCCAUUAGAGUCGACUCCUAGGUGUGCCAAGGCAAUUGUGAAGGCUGCAUGCCGUGGAGAUAAAUACUUGACAGUACCAACUUGGUACCUUGCGAUGUUCUUUUUUAAGAUGUUUUCACCUGAUGUCGUAGAGUGGAGCAACCGUUUCUUUUUAAUCCCUCCACCUGGCCACUCAGACAGUGAUGCAAUUAGCAAGAAGGUCGUUGAUCUGGCAAGAAAGAUUAAGGAAUUUGUGACACCGAAUGUAGGAAUGGACCGGAUGAUAGAAUUUCCUGAAUUUCUAACACCAAAUAUGGAUAAUGGAAAUUUCCGACAUCAUGCAGAGUAAAAAAUAGGUGGCUAUGUAAUUGUAAUAUUUACAAUCUACAGCAAGCAAGCGAGAGAUGCAUCAGGUUGUUUUGCACAACUCUACAAUAAAAGAAUGCCGCCGAAGAGACUAUGGCUUCUCCAA